AUGGCUUGGAGCUUCCCCUGGAUCUAUCCCGUUCGGGUCAUCCAGGUCAUCUUCGCCAUCAUUGUUCUCGGGUUGACCGCAUAUAUCAUUAGCCUUUUCCGUGGCAGCGACACCGUCAACUUCAUGCUCUUCAAUGGGAUCUGGACGGCAUUUUUUGCAACGCCCUAUCUCGCCCUUGCCCCGGUGUUCGCUCCGAACCUGGCGCAUCGGUUUGUCAUUCCGGCGGUGGAAGCGAUCACCAUGAUCUUUUGGUUCGCCGGGUUCAUUGCCCUGGGUGCUGCGCUGCCUCCUGCAGAAUAUUGCCACUGGAGCGCUUGUAACUCGGCGCAAGCGGCAACAGUGUUUGGAGCGUUCGAGUGGGCAUUGUUCGUGGCCACGACCGUGACGUCUGUUCUUGGCGCUCUGCGAUCCCGAUCGAACUCUCCUAGUACGAAACCUGCCCCUCAAACUUCUGCUCACGUUGGCGUCUAA